CUGCAGGAUACUGGCAUUGGAAUGACCCAGGAGGAGCUUGUUUCUAAUCUCGGCACCAUUGCUCGAUCUGGCUCGAAGGCAUUUCUGGAUGCACUGCAGAGCCAGGCGGAAGCCAGUAGUAAGAUCAUUGGCCAGUUUGGAGUGGGCUUCUACUCUGCCUUCAUGGUGGCUGAUAAAGUGGAGGUAUACUCGCAAUCUACAGAGUCCGGGAGCCCAGGCUACCACUGGUCUUCAGAUGGCUCGGGAAUGUUUGAGAUCGCCGAAGCCUCUGGCGUCAGACCUGGGACCAAAAUAAUUAUCCAUCUCAAAGAGGAGUGCAAAGAAUUUGCGAAUGAGGACCGUGUCAAAGAUGUGGUGACAAAAUACAGUAACUUCAUCAGCUUUCCCCUCUUCCUCAACGGGAGACGCCUCAACACGUUACAGGCACUCUGGAUGAUGGACUCCAAGGAGAUUGGUGAAUGGCAGCACGAGGAGUUCUACCGCUUCAUAGCCCAGGCUUACGACAAGCCUCGCUACACCCUGCACUACAAGACAGAUGCCCCCCUCAAUAUCCGCAGUAUCUUUUAUGUGCCUGAGAUGAAACCAUCCAUGUUUGACGUCAGCAGGGAGCUGGGCUCCAGUGUUGCCCUUUACAGCCGCAAAAUCCUCAUCCAAACCAAAGCCGCUGACAUCCUGCCAAAAUGGCUGCGUUUCCUCAGAGGUGUUGUCGAUAGUGAGGACAUUCCCCUGAAUCUCAGCAGGGAGCUGCUGCAGGAGAGCACCCUCAUCAGGAAACUCCGGGAUGUUUUGCAGAAGAGGCUGAUCAAGUUUUUCAUUGACCAAAGCAAGAAAGACCCUGAGAAAUAUGCCAAGUUCUUUGAAGACUAUGGGCUGUUCAUGAGAGAGGGGAUUGUGACCAUAGCAGAGCAGGACGUCAAGGAGGACAUAGCGAAGCUGCUGCGUUACGAGUCCUCGGCGCUGCCUGCAGGCCAGCUGACCAGCCUGACAGAGUACGCCAGCCGCAUGCAGGCAGGGAGCCGAAAUAUCUACUACUUGUGUGCGCCCAAUCGGCACCUGGCCGAGCAUUCGCCGUACUUCGAGGCCAUGAAGAAAAAAGAUAUGGAGGUGCUGUUCUGCUAUGAGCAGUUUGAUGAGCUGACACUCUUGCACCUUCGGGAGUUUGAUAAGAAGAAGCUGAUCUCAGUAGAGACUGACAUCGUUGUUGACCACUAUAAGGAAGAGAAGUUUGAGGAGAGUCGCCCAGCUGCAGAACGCCUGACGGAGAAAGAGGCUGAGGAGCUGAUGGCCUGGAUGAGGAAUGCAUUGGGCUCUCGCAUCACCAAUGUUAAGGUGACUCCACGACUGGACACCCACCCGGCCAUGAUCACUGUGCUUGAGAUGGGGGCUGCCCGCCACUUUCUGCGCAUGCAACAGCUGGCCAAGACCAACGAGGAGCGUGCCCAGAUCCUGCAGCCCACACUGGAGAUAAACACAGGGCAUGUGCUGAUCAAGAAACUCAGUCAGCUGAGGGUCAGCCAGCCCGACCUGGCCCAGCUGCUGCUCGAUCAGAUUUAUGAGAAUGCCAUGAUAGCAGCAGGACUGAAUGAUGAUCCCAGACCUAUGGUGAGCCGUCUGAACGAACUCCUUACCAAAGCCCUGGAAAAACACUGAGCCCAAACGUAUUAAAAGGGCAAGCUCUGUGCCAGAUGCCAGUCUCUGUUCCCUCCAGCACAACUGCUUCUGUUGUUGACCGUUGGAACAUCCAUCUGUUCCCAGACUCUGCUACGUGGGGUAGAAUAUCUGCAGCUCUGCGUGAUACCUAAAUGUGCUUCCAAGUUUCACUUUAUAGGGAGGUUGCAGUUGUAAUUACUGGACUGUAUAUUACCCACACAAAGUCCCAUCGUCCUGCUGAGACAAAACCUGGAGAUUACUGCUAAAAUGAUUUGCCAGGAUUUCUAAGUUUGGCCCAAAAGUCCUAAUUUCAUAUCGAUUCUAGAAACAACCUUUCCCAACAGAGCAGUUGACAUCAGGAGUCCAGACUAGCUCCAUGGACUAGAACUCCAUAUACCCACCUAAGAAUUAGCCCUAUACACCAAUGGGCUCAGAACACCAGCCUUCAGCACUAGCAACAUUCAUUAGCUUGUCAGGAAACCUCCACCUCUGCCUGGUACUUAGGGUUUAGCAGGCACAGGGAUAGAUUGUUGCCAUUAGCAAACACAGGUACUACUGAUGGAACAAUGAUUUGUCAACAGAUUAGUGUGGCAGAUAAGGUAGCUCAGCUGCUGGAUAACUGAACUCAUCUCUGUAUCUGGGGAAACGUUUAACAAGCUCACUUGGCUUUUUGGACAGUUUCCAGGGUUUUUGCCUCCCUUGCAUUAUUAUUUGCAUGCCCCUGGUAAUCUCUGUUCUGUUUAUUUAUAUUAAAUAAAUUCCUCUUCAUUUCAAGAUACCUUCA